AUGGCGAAUCUAAGACACAAUCCAGUGGCUUCGGUCUGGGCCAUCUUGUUCGUAUUCUCCAAGGUCAUCGAGCUGGGAGACACGGCGUUCAUCGUCCUCCGGAAGCAGCGUUUCCUCUUCCUUCACUGGUAUCAUCACAUAACUGUGCUCUUGUACACGUGGUACUCCUGUGCGCAGGGAGUCCCCACGGCCCGCUACUUCAUCAACCUGAAUGCUCUAGCCCACGCCUUCAUGUAUCCCUACUACACCGCACGAGCAGCGAAGGUCCACGUCCCCCGCCGCCUCGCUAUGGUCAUCACCCUCUUCCAAAUCACCCAGAUGAUCUUCGGCAUCUAUGCCAACGCCUACGCCUACUUCGCAAAGAAGGCCGGCCUCCACUGCGAGACCCCAUGGGAGAAUAUCUACAUAUCCGCUCUCAUGUACCUCUCCUACUUCCUGCUCUUCCUCAACUUCUUCGUCGACGCCUAUCUCAGACGCACCUUCAACAAGAUGAAGACCUCUGCCGCCAAGGGCAAGGACAUCGGGGAAGAACUCACGGAUUACCUCAAAAUCAAUUGA